AGAGAAACGAAAGUUAGAUGAUCCUCCAUUACAGAAGAAUAGAAAAGAGAGACGCAGUGAAGGAGAAACGAACUAAAUUCAACCAACACGAUUCUACAGCGGUUUAUUUUCACUGGGGAUCUGCACUGAAGCACCUCUAUGAUGGAGCUUCAUAACUCCAGUGAUGGAGGAGAACCCUCUGGUCCAAAACUGCAGAAAUCCAGAGCAGAACCUCCAGAACCCAGCUGUGUGUCUAUGAAGAGUCACAACUCAAUGUUUUUGCCUCCUAAAUUCAGUGAUAGAGCAGAACCUCCAGAACCCAGCUGUGUGUCUAUGAAGAGUCACAACUCAAUGUUUUUGCCUCCUAAAUUCAGUAAUGGAGCAGAACCUCCAGAGCCCAGCUGUGUGUCUAUGAAGAGUCACAACUCAAUGUUUUUGCCUCCUAAAUUCAGUGAUAGAGCAGAACCUCCAGAACCCAGCUGUGUGUCUAUGAAGAGUCACAACUCAAUGUUUUUGCCUCCUAAAUUCAGUGAUAGAGCAGAACCUCCAGAACCCAGCUGUGUGUCUAUGAAGAGUGGCAACUCAAUGUUUUUGCCUCCUACCUUCAGUAAUGGAGCAGAACCUCCAGAGCCCAGCUGUGUGUCUAUGAAUAUCCACAACUCAAUGUUUAUUCCUACUACCUUCAGUAAUGUUGGAAUAUUUAAAAGGUAAGUGAUUCAACUUCCCUGUUUAAUACAACCA